CUGACUGGUCCUUCUGAUACAUAACUCAUGCUUUGUAAAGCAAAAGCAGACAACAUUGUAGUACUAAGACAAUCUCCUCUUCGCUUCUUUUGUGGCUUACAGGCUUCACAUUAAAUUUCUAAAUAUAGUGUGGACUCAAAAAACAGAAAAAAAACUGGCAGUCAUGAUCUCAAAUGGAGCUUUGCCGUAUCGUCUGGUUAUAGUGGUGACAAUCGCAUGUCUUGCGAUCUUGUUCUGGUUCUUAUAUCUCAACAACUGCACACCAGUUCAACAUCCUCAGCACUUAGAAAAACUUCACAAGCCUGUGCAUGCCUCUGCGAGACCUGAUCUAGUAAAGGAAGAGAAACCAAUACUGUUGUUAUGGUUCUGGCCUGAAAACUUCAGUUUUAACCUGAGCGAUUGUCAAACAAUUUUCAAUAUUGACAGUUGUUUUUUGACGGACAACAGAUCUCUUUACAGCAACGCAGACGCUGUCCUCAUCUAUCAUAAAUCUAUUAAAGGGGACUUGUCCAACCUUCCACCAUCUCCUCGCCCCCCAUUCCAGAAGUGGAUUUGGUUUAACCUGGAAUCACCAUAUCACACUGCAAGAAAACCAGGCAUUGAAAACCUGUUCAACCACACACUUAGCUACAGACAGGAUGCUGAUAUUUUUACAAGGUUACACUUAACUGUCAGAAAAACUCCUGAUGAAAAUUUUGAAAUUCCCAAGAAGGAAAGACUGGUCUGUUGGAUUGUAAGUAACAAAGGCGCCAGAGAGAGGAACGCUUAUUAUAAUGAACUUAAGAAGCAUAUCUACGUACAUAUGUACGGGAAGGGUAAUGGAACGCGCCUGGACCACAAGGACUACUAUUCCACCAUAGCCAGCUGCAAAUUUUAUCUCUCCUUUGAGAACUCCAUUUACAAGGACUACAUCACUGAAAAGAUUAAUGGACCUCUGUCAGUAGGUACUGUACCUGUGGUGCUGGGACCUCCCAGAAAAAACUAUGAAAACUUUAUACCCGGUGAUGCUUUCAUCCAUGUGCAAGACUUCCCAGAUGCAAAGUCACUCGCAGAAUAUCUCAUGCGUCUGGACCUGGACGAAGUCGCAUAUCGCAGGUACUUUAACUGGAGGAGACAUUUCUCACCACAACCUCAUUUACUACAGCAACAAGAGUUUGAUCUGCCCAUCUGCACGGCCUGUGAAUAUAUAGCAACACACAAAUACUAUAAAGAAAUUCACGAUCUCUAUAAAUGGUACAACAAUUAAUUCAGUCAUGUCAUAUUGUGGACUUUUGUGGUGAAGGAUUUUGUUUGACUGCACAAUUUUUGGUAACACUUUUGUUUUACGACCCGCAAUGUACCGCGUAAUUAAACCGAAUUUACAGCGUAUCUAUUUGUAACAACAGAGUACCUCUACAGUACGUACUUGUAGGUAUAAGGGAACAAUAUUUUAAGUUUGGGGUAAUAAGGGGGUAAGAAUAUAUGGAAAAUUAUAAAUGAUUUAUUAUCUAAGUAUUUCAUAACUGCAGGGUACCUAUUGUAACAUUACGUUGUAUGUAUGACUUACGUCUAUGGGUAAUAUGGUCUAUUGACAUUUUUGUUAUUUUUUUUCAUAUUUGCUACUUACCUGAGGAAAGUGUAUUGUAUACAGUCGAUGUCUACGAGCCACGUCGGCAAAUAAAAUAUAACAUCACAAUAAAAAUAAUAGCAACUUGUACCUCUUUGAUCUGUAUAUGUAUACAGGAGUUACCAGGUAACUCUUAUAUUUGCGGGCUGUAAAUUAAAGUGGUGCUUAUUCCCCGUUUGUUCUGUGUAUGUACCAGGUAACUCUUACCUUUGCGGGCUGUAAAUUAAAGUGGCGCUUGUUACAGCCUUGUUCUGUGUAUUUACCAGGUAACUCUUACCUUUGCGGCCUGUAAAUUAAAGUGGGGCUUAUUCCCCGCUUGUUCUGUGUUUGUACCAGGUAACUCUUACCUUUGCGUGCUGUAUAUUAAAGUGGCGCUUGUUA